GUGCCCCCAGCUGGCCGCGUGACGGCGGCACCCCCUGCAGCGCCCCUUGCUGGCCGCACGCCCGAGGUGCCUGCAGAAGCGCCCCUUGCUGGCCGCACGCCCGAGCCCUGCUUGCCGGAACUGCCCGGCUCGCCUGUCCGGUCGGCCCAGCCCUGCUCGCCUGUCCGGUCGGCCCAGCCCUGCUCGCCUGUCCGGUCGGCCCAGCCCUGCUCGCCUGUCCAGGCCGCCGCUCUGCCCGCGGCUCCGCCUGAGGCUAGCUCUCCAGUCCUGUCCGCGGCUCUGGCUGCCCCGCCUGCGGCCACGCCCACGGCCACGGCCACGCCGCCGACUGCCCCGCCUGUUGCCUCCUUAGAGGCCCUGACUCCCACGCCCUUGCCUCAGCGAGGCCGACACCCCCCAGGACCCCGCCUGUCCGUUUCCC